AUGGAAUCAGACUUUGUGGAGGGUGAGUGUUUUAAUGAAAUUGAUUGCAAUCAGCUGGUUCCCGCCGCUCCCGACCGACUACCGACUUAUGUCGGUCGUUAAGUUUCAUUUUUUUCAUAUUUAUGGCUUCCUGAAAAAAAAGAGGAGAGGAGGGCAAGAGGUCGCGGGAAGAUUCUUGAUUUUAAGGCUUGGUAUUACUGAGUUUUUGGUAGUGAAACUUUGAAAUGUAAUUGUGAGCUAGGUGAACGAUAAAGAUUGUUUUGAAUGUAGGAACUUUCAAAAAAUCGUCAAAAAAAAUUUAUUUAAAACAUUUUACCGACUUUUACCAGCAACUUGUAGAACCAAAAGCGAAUUUGAAUGAGAUCUGUAAGAGCCCACGAAGAUGACAUUUUUUUUAAAAUUUCAUAAAUUGGACACUUCUGGAAACUUAUAAAUCGCUCGCUGUAAUCAUUUUGUGUUUUAUAAAUAACACUGCCAGGUUAUUUAUAAAAGGUCAAAUUUAUUUUUUUCAAAUUUUUUUUAUUCUUGGGUAUCCAAGAAGCUUUGCAAACUCUGACAUCUCGACCUCAGGUCCCCUUUGGCUGUACACCCGGCUCAACAUCCCUCAACCGCCCUCUUAUCUUCCAUUCAGUAACUUCGGUUAAUUGUUCAUCAAAAAAGUAGACCAAAAAAUAAAAACAAAUGACGUCACAAAUGUCCCGUUCCACAAUUGCAAAGUGCAUGGCACUUUCGACAAUUUUGUUUGUAGCGUUUGCAUCCGUUUUACACAAUUCUUUCCAGUAACUGACUGUUUUGCGGAUGACCGGGACUCGAUGAACGACUUCGCCAAGUAUUUUAACAAUGCUCAUCUCAGCGAUAUCACACUGCGAGUGGGAGAGGAAAAGUCAGUAAAUUCUUCAUACCAUCUUCUUUUUUUACUUCUAGCCUUCUAUAAAAAACAUUCUUAGAUUCCUAGCGCAUCGAAUAAUUUUGUGUAAAAGCAGCGAAGUUUUCGAUCGAAUGCUCUCAAAUGAUUGGCGGAAAGAAGUAAGAGAUCCUCUGAAUUUUCUAAUUUUGGACAAAUAUUUUCAGGACAACGCACUGCUUCUCAACGAAGACGGCGACUGUCAAAAGGUUUUUGCCAAUUUUCUUCGCUUUUUAUAUUGUAAUCACAUUGUUUUGGACUCCCACAAUGUCCUUCCACUCUUAAUUUUGGCCGACAAAUACGCUGUUCUUGGCCUGCAGAACGUCUGUGUGGAAUAUGCCGUGGAAAAAGUUUUGUCGCAAUUGUGCCUGAGGCAAUUGAUCCACGUUUGGUUCAGGUAAAAUACGCCCACGCCAGGGGUUCCUUUUGUUAAAAAAAUAUUUGCAAAAUUUGAAACAUGAAUUUUAUGUUAUACCUGAGAGUAAAAAAAUUAAUUUCCAGAUAUUCCACAACAACAUUCCACGAGAAAUUGACCGAAAAAUGUGUGAACCGGGUGGCCGAUAAAUUUGCCGAGCUCAUUUCGAAUAACAGCGAUUGGGAAGAGGACUGGCUCAAUCUGGAUAGCGAUCAACUCAUCGAACUGCUCAAUUCGAAUGAGCUCAGCUUGAAUAGUAAGCAAAUUAUACAAUUUUUUGCACUGUGCGGAAAAAUAAUUUUAAAAAAUUUAAUUGUGGAAAGAUGACAAGUCAAAAUUGUACUUGUGUUUAGAUUUAGAUGGAACUACGGAGAAACAUUAAUCUUUUGAAAGAAAAUUUAUUUAAUUUGCAGAAACCAUCAGGGUAAUCGAGACAAAAAGUGCUGAGAUAAUUUUGCACCGUGCGGUUUUUGCGCGCUUUCUGUCGCACUCUGAAAAAAAAUUGUCGCUGGGAAAAAUUGGAAUCGCGCGUGACGUAAGGCAAAAACAAACAAAAUGCACUGUGCAAAAGGUGUUUUUGGGUCAAAUGCACUGUGCAAAGCACUUUUUUGCGAUUUUCGCAGCGACGACCCAAAACGUGCAAACCCGCACGGUGCAAAAUUAUCAGGACUUUUUGUCCCGGCUAUUUUUACAAUUUUUUGAAAUUCCGGAUUGAAAAAAAAUUGAGUUUGAUUGUAAGAUAUUCUAUCAUGAAAAUAAAUCCGUCAAAAAAUCUCACCUUCCUAAAUUUCAGAUGAAUUCGAAUUAUGGGAAGCGUUCCGACGUUGGCUAAAAUCUCCAAAGCACCCAAAUCGAGCCAACGAUCCGGCAUUAGCAUUGAAAAUCCUCCCAAAAAUACGGUUUCCUUUUAUGAGUGCCGAAGAAUUGGCUGAAGUGGAGAUCUCCGAUGAAUUCAAAAAAUUUGAGGACUUUCUAAGACCAUUGACCCAUCAGGCUUUCAAAUACAUUUCCAUGCCAUUGAGCAGUCGGGCAUGUUGCGAGUGAGUUGAUUUUUGUGUCUAUACGAAGCAGGCCUGCUUCGAAUUACCUGCUAGCAGGUAAUUCUUGUUCGUUUUUUGCGAUCAAAAUAAGUCAAUUUGUACUUCAUUUCUUUUCCUUUUUCAGAGAUUUCAACGGUCUCCAAUACGUCCUCCGCGAGUACAAAGACAAUCGCUGGGACAAACGGAUCCUCAUCGAUGGCGACCAGCUCUGUCAGGCGCUCCAAAACCGCAAUGAAUUCCAUGCCAAUUUCACGACCAAGGCCAGCACUUACCCUCGAACGCAUUGGGAAUGGCAACUGACCUUGCGCGCAGCCCCGUCCACUUCCAGUUAUUUGGGGGCCUCGAGGGAGUUGAGUGUGGAUCUCUGUGCCCUGGACAUGGAUCAACAAAGGGCCGUGGAAUUUAUGCUUAUGGUCACGGAUGAUCAGCAGGUAAGGGUUUAGCCCAGUUUCUUCAAAAUUUCCGAAUCAAUUUCGUGAAAAUUCACGGAAAUAAAACUCAAAACUCGUUACGUAUAAUAUUUUACCCGUAACCAAAUUUUUUCUUUCAGAUUCUCCGAACUUUCGUCAACAAGCGAACCUUCACCAAAUCCCGCUCCAAUUUCGCUUUCGAAUUGGAUAAUCGUCUCACCUUGGCCGAAUUGACAUGCCCUGAGGGCAUAUUGUUGAGCCGAGGGAAGCUGAAUCUACAGCUCAUGUUCAGACCAAUUGUUUGA